GCGGUAGCCCGCUCCCCGCACCUGCCCUGCUCACUGCAUCUCCAGAAGAGCCUUCUGUGCCUUCCUGGCCCUCCUGGCUGGCCAUGGGAAGCACUCUGGGCUGCCACCGCUCCAUCCCCAGAGACCCCUCGGAUCCGUCCCACAGCCGCAAGUUCAGCGCCGCCUGCAACUUCAGCAACAUGCUGGUGAACCAGGAGCGGCUCAACAUCAACACGGCCACGGAGGAGGAACUCAUGACCCUGCCCGGGGUGACGCGCGCCGUGGCCCGCAGCAUCGUGGAGUACCGCGAGUACAUCGGGGGCUUUAAGAAGGUGGAGGACCUGGCACUGGUCAGUGGCGUGGGCGCCACCAAGCUGGAGCAGAUCAAGUUUGAGAUCUGCGUGAGCAGCAAGGUCAGCUCGGCCCAGCACUCGCCCAGUUCGCUGCCACCGCACCACCUGGCCACCUCUGCGCCCCUCACCCCGCGGGUCAACAUCAACACUGCCACGCCAGCGCAGCUCAUGAGCGUUCGAGGGGUCACGGAGAAGGUGGCGGCCAGCAUUGUGGACUGCCGCCGCGAGCACGGCCCCUUCCGCAGCGUGGAGGACCUGGCGAGGCUGGGCGGCAUUAGCGCCGCCCUCCUGGACAGGAUCCGGCACCAGGUGUUUGCCGAGCGGUCCAGGCCCCCGUCUACCCACACCAAUGGGGGCCUGACCUUCACCGCCAAGCCACACCCUAGUCCCACCUCGCUGAGUCUGCAGAGCGAGGACCUGGACCUGCCCCCAGGGGGUCCCACCCAGAUCAUCUCCACGAGGCCCACCGUGGAGGCCUUCGCAGGCACCCGGGAUGGGCGCCCAGUGCUGAGGGCAGCCACCUGGAACCUGCAGGGCUGCUCGCUGGAGAAGGCCAGCAACCCCGGAGUGCGGGAGGUGGUAUGCAUGACGAUCCUGGAAAACAGCAUCAAGCUUCUAGCUGUGCAAGAACUACUUGACCGAGAGGCCCUGGAAAAGUUCUGUGCAGAGCUGAACCAGCCCAUCCUGCCCAACAUCCGCAAGUGGAAGGGCCCGCGGGGUAGCUGGAAGGCCGUGGUAGCCGAGACACCGUCCUGCCAGCUGCAGAAGGGGGGUGCCUUCUCCUUCUCAGGAUUCCUGUGGGACGCUGCGGCCGGGGUGGAGCUGCGGGACGCCGCCCUGCAGGAGAGCUCGCCAGGCAACGGGCACGGGCGUGCCGAGGGCUGCAGCCCCUACCUGGCCCGCUUCAAGGUGGGGAGCAACGACGUGACGCUGGUGAACCUGCACCUGCUGGCCCCCGCCUCCGCGGGCAGCGACAACCCGGGCAGGAGCCACAGCGAGGGCGCCCGCCUGGCGAGCCUCGCGCAGGCUUUGCAGGAGACGCUGAAAGGAGAAAAGGAUGUGAUUGUUCUGGGGGACUUUGGGCAGGGGCCGGACAGCAGCGACCAUGACAUCCUAAGAAAAGAGAAGUGCCAGCCGCUGGUGCCCGCACACACCUUCACCAACAUCAGCACCAAGAACCCACAAGGCUCAAGGUCUCUGGACAACAUCUGGAUCAGUAAAAGCUUGAAGAAGGUUUUCACAGGUCACUGGGCGGUGGUGAGAGAAGGACUCACGAACCCCUGGAUCCCCGACAGCUGGUCGUGGGGCGGCGUGGCGUCAGAGCACUGCCCCGUGCUGGCCGAGUUCUACAGCGACAAGGACUGGAGCAGGAAGGAGGGUCCACGCGGCAGCGUCACGGUGGAGCGGCCCGAGGCGCACGGCCGGCAGGAGCGGUGACCACGGGGCAGCGCGGCCCGACCCCGCCGCUGGCCCCUCUGCCUCGGGAAGAGCCGAGGGCUGCAGAGACCCCCGCGCC